AGGUAACACGCUGGCCCCCUCCACCCCUCUCUCUCGGUGGCAAGGCUCACAGUUGUAAAGUUCCCCCCCCCCCCCGGGCCAGAUUUAGAGACCCAGGGUAACAAACAACGGUUGCAAGUCCCAAGGCAGCACACUGCCCACCGGCGAGGGCGAGGUGCCUACCGCUGCUGCUGCAUAAACAAAAAGGCAGGCAGGUAUUCUUCGUCCCCUAAACUCCCCCCUCGGUCCAUCCGACACAAAGCAUGAAGGCCCAGUCUGAUGCGCACUGACACCCCACAGCGAUGGCUGGCUGGCUGCCUGCCUGACGAUAAAUGUCGUUUUACAAAUAGUGAAGUCAGAAACAGAACUCAAACGGAAAGCAGCAGCAGCACUGGGAUGGGGACAGAAGAGAUGGGAUGCGAGGGGAUGCGGGGAUGAGAUGCGAUUGGCCGGGAAGGUGACAUUAGUAGUGUGGUGCAGGAGUAGAAGAGCAGAGGUCUCGUUGUUGGCAUGUCGUAGAAAGUGUUAUGAGCGGUGAGUCGAGUGGUGAAUGCGAGGGUGGUGUCGGCGCGGGAGUCGAGCGAGCGGUUCUUGUCGGCGAUUUUUCAUGCGAUGGUUCAUGGAGGAGGAGUGGCGUCGAGACUCGUCGACGGAGGGAGGGAGGUGACAAAGAAUAGACAGAUUAUAAAACGUCGCUCCCUGCUCGCGAGUCCAGUCCAGUCCAGCCCAGUCCAGCCCAGUCCUCCACAAAGGAGGAGGAGGAGGGAUUGGGAUUCCUUCGCUCUCCGGCUUCGCCUCGCCCCGCCCCAUGCCCUACGCGUACGUGCUGCCUUAUCUCAGGGGGGGAGGUGGUGGGGUGCGGUGUUGCGAUGGGGGCAGGGCCCCACUGCAAUCCCUCGAGCCCUCUGGUGCAUUGGACUGGAAUGGCCGAUCGCCCGAUGGGCCCUGUGCGAUCCCGACUACAGUGGGCACCCAUGUGGGCAGGGCAGCAGUCAUGCGUUGAAGACGAUAACAUCUGUGACGUGGCCUGCGUUAUCUACACUUGCACUUUCCAUGGGCGCGCUUUAUACGGCCUGCAGCACCAGCACCAGCAGCAGCGAGCACUGUCCCCGGCCCCUGGCGGGCCCCAAUUCUCUUAUUGCUCCUCCUCCUCCUCCUCCUCUCUACUCUCGCUUCGCUCGACGAUCGGAGAACGAGAGAGAGAUAGAGAGAGAGAGAAAGAGAAAGAAAAUGAGUGUAUUUCUCUCUCUCCUGCAAUAGGUCCCCAGCUCGCCCUCUCUCUCAAGAUGAUGACCUGGGAGAAAGCGCCGCUCGUCUCCGCUCUCCAGUCGGGGCCGGCUGGCUCGUCUCGUCUUUCUCGUCUCGUCUGUUUCUACAUCGUAGAUUCUCUGCGCGCUGCUGCUUACCUGGUAGAUUUUUUGGGCUGGUUUGACCGGAGG